GAGUACGAGCUACUCUAAUUUUUAUUGACACGUCCACUACUUCCGGUUUACUGUUGUACACGAAGACGAUGGAGUUCACCGGCAAAAUGUUUUCCCUGAUAGUUCUACUUGUUGUACCAUUCGUGGUGCUAGGGGACACUUGCCUAUCGCCAGAGAUCAAAGCUGACACCUACACAACAACAGAAGCUAUUGUCUCAACAGAAACCGUUUUCAUUGUACAGUUCUCACUCACCUGUAAAAAUAAACUCAGGGAUAUGAAUCUAUAUGCUGAUAUCAAUGGUAGAACUUUGCCAGUUACAAAAACUGAUAAGCCUGAAUUUUACCAGGUCAGCAUUAGUGAUGAACAUAAAAAGCUACCCUCUGGUAAAUAUGAGGUCCGUCUGUACGACGAGGAAGGAUAUUCACUAUUCAGGAAGGCCCAGAGAAGCGGGGAUUCCGUGGCAGCCAUUAAACCUGUUGCAUCCCUCACUGUUAACCAUCCGGGAGUUUGGAAAGGCCCUUUUGUACAGAGUGAAUUCGUGGCAGUCCUCAUCGCUAUCCUUGUUUGGUAUUUUGCCUACAGCACCAGAAGUCAACUCCAGUCAUCGAAUUAGGAACAAAUUCUUAGUUUUAUUAAAAUAAAUUCAUAUCGAAGAAAAGACUGUAAUUUUUUUUGUACUUUUAUUUGAAAACAGCUGUCCACCUUCCAUCGCGAACAUUUUCUAAUAAAAACCAUUCCAUACAAA